CUGCCACCUGCCAAGAGUGGAGGCCAGAACACUACAGUGGCUCAACUCGCUGCGCACAGGUGGGCCCUUCGGCACCAGGAGAUGAAAAGAAGUAAAGAAGUGAUAACUGAAAAUCAUAAUCAAGAAGAAAUAAAUGUUCUUCGGUGUUGGAAAUGUAGAAAAUGUAUAGCACGUUCUGGUUGUUUCAUGAACUAUCUUGAGAAUCAAGUGACUAAGGACUCAGCUGAUGAUCAAAAUACCUGUCGUGUGUGGCACAUGAAUAUAGAAGCCCUUCCAGAAUGGAUAGACCGCCUACUACAAAAAGCCCGGUGGACAGUGGGAAAACUGAAUUGCCCUUUUUGUGGGGCCCGUUUAGGGGGCUUUAAUUUUGUCAGCACUCCAAAAUGUCCCUGUGGCCAGCGUGCAGCUGUACACCUCUCCAAGAGCCGGACCGAUUACCAGCCAGCACAGGCAGGCCGACUAAUGAGACCAUCGCCGAAAUACUUGUCACAUCCUAGAGUUCGGUCAGGUGGUGACAGCGAAGCUCUGCUGACGGGCGGUGCCUUCAAAAACAGAAAUCGCAGGCUUUUAAACAUGGCCCAAAAGAAUUAUGGCUCUGGGAGAUUAACAGAAGCACUGUGCCUGGAGGUGCGGUCGACGUGUGUUCAGAUGAAGAAGGAAAAACUGCUCUUCAAAGCAUCCGAUUCAAAAUACCAGCUUUUUGUCCCGCAGCUUGUGACUGGCAGAUGCACCAGAAGAGCUUCCCACAGAAAAUCACAGAGCUUGGAUCUGAGCAUCAGUGAGAAGCUGACUUUAUUACCCACAUUUUAUGAAAUACAUAGUAAGACUACCGCCUGUGCCAGACUAAAUGAAACCCAGCCUGAGGACCUUUUGGACCUGCCUUUGGAAUCUAGUAAAAAUAGCUGUUCCUUUCACAUAGCAUCAAGUUUUGAUCCUAAUGUGCUGCUGCCGAGGUUUUCAGUGGCUCCCCGAGAGACCCAGACACAAAGAGGAGGAGAAUUUCAGAGUGGUCUGGGAGAUUCUGCAGUGUGCCCUGACCAUGCCAGUUCUAACGGCCUGGCAUUCCUGAUGGACCUGCCCUCCGCGGGCAGGCGCACGCUGGAGGCCUCGGACCAGGAGGAGCACCUCUCGCCCCUGGACUUUCUGCGCUCGGGCAGUUUUCCAUUGGGUGCCAUUCAUCAGAGGCUCAGCAAGAGAGAAAGGAGCAAGUUGAAGAAUCUGAGGAGGAAGCAACGAAGGCAUGAAAGAUGGUUGCAGAAGCAGACUUUGACUAAUGACAUGAAUACAGAUGAUGAAAAUGAAUAUGUAGAAGAAAAGGAAAGCUACAUCUGUGCAGUGUGUCUGGAUGUUUAUUUCAACCCAUACAUGUGUUACCCUUGCCACCACAUCUUCUGUGAGCCCUGCUUACGGACUCUUGCCAAAGACAAUCCUGCAAGCACUCCCUGCCCACUAUGUCGGACAAUUAUUUCCAGAGUCUUUUUCCAGACAGAACUGAACAAUGCCACAAAAACAUUUUUCACUAAAGAAUAUUUGAAAAUAAAACAAAGCUUUCAGAAAUCCAGCUCUGCAAAGUGGCCCCUACCGAGCUGCAGAAAGAAAGCAUUCCAUCUUUUUGGAGGUUUCCACAGACGUGCAGCUCCAGUUACAAGAAGGCAGUUCCCACACGGUGCACACAGAAUGGAUUACCUGCACUUUGAGGAUGAUAGCCGCGGUUGGUGGUUUGACAUGGAUAUGGUGAUCAUCUAUAUUUAUUCAGUGAAUUGGAUCAUUGGAUUCAUCGUUUUCUGCUUUCUUUGCUAUUUUUUCUUUCCGUUUUAGGAAUUUUCACAUCUUACCACAAUUGAACAAUCACAGAUGAUGUAGACAACAAUUACUUAAACAUUUUUUAAGUGUGCUUUGAAAUUUUAUAAUGUUGUAUUAUAUAAAAUGUGAGUGUUUAUAGGAAG